UCAUAUGAUUGUCAAAGUUAAAGGUCCCCAUCAUAAUUGCAGGUUAUAUUUUUGGCAAAAUUCAAAGUUCUAAUAACCCAGCGGUCUGUGAACCCAGCUUUUUCACGCAAAAUGAACGGAGUGAUACUAGCAGGACUAGGGCUAGCGGCCGUAGGUUUUGGCGCAAGAUAUGCCCUACGCCAAAUGCCGAACGCUGCCAAAACCUUCAAUGAAGCAAUGAAAAAUUUGCCAAAGUUUGAGGAAUCUGCCGCCAACUCCAAAUAUUACAAAGGAGGUUUCGACCAGAAAAUGAAUAGAAGGGAAGCUGCUUUAAUUUUGGGAAUCAGUCCAUCCGCAAACAAGGCUAAGGUUAAGGAUGCGUUUAAAAAGGUAAUGGGAGUCAACCACCCAGACAGAGGCGGCUCUCCAUACUUGGCGUCGAAAAUCAACGAGGCAAAAGAUUUCUUGGAAAAACACUCACGGUAAAAAUGAAUCUGGUUGUAAUUAAUAACUGUACAAAAUUGUUAAUACUAUUAUGGAAAAGUUGACUAGAACAUAGUGUAGUGAAUAUGUUUAAAUGGUCCCACUCAUUUGGUGUGUUUAAGUCGUAAAGAGUCUAUUUUCCUACUUGAUAGGCUCCCUGAGAGAUCAAAAACGUACUAAAACAAUCCAUGUCUACAUCUACUGUUAGCAAUAAAGAAAAAUUGAUAACUUA